AUGAAUGCCACCAGCCAGGAGUUCGCGUUUGAGGCCACUGCCGGGGUUUUCAGGACCGCAUAUUUUGUCGCCAAACAUAACAAACCUUUUACAGAUUUUGAAAAUCUAAUUGACCUGCAACAAACAAAUUCCCUUGACUUAGGUCGCAUUCUGCACAGCAAAACGGUCUGUGUUGAUAUAAUUGAUCAUGUGUCAUCUCAGAUGAAACAUGAACUUGUGAAGAGGAUAAUUGAGAACAGAAGUAAAAUUACACUGUUGGCUGAUGAAUCAACAAGUGUGGGGCACAAGUCAACACUCAUUGUGUUUUUGAAGGCCAGCAUUGAUGGAGAUAUGGAACCCAUUGCAUUCCCAUUAGACUUGAUAGAGCUGGAUAGUCUGUCUGCUGCUCAUAUCAAAGAAAAGCUUAUGCGCUGCCUGUUCACCAACGGCUUCACCAUGGAGUUACUGCAGGAGAUGUUAAUUGGAUUUUGCAGUGAUGGUGCCAAUGUGAUGCUGGGAGUCAAGUCAGGUGUUGGGAAGCUGAUCCAGGAUGACUUCCCAGACAUCAUCCUGUGGCACUGCCUUAAUCAUAGACUGGAGCUGGCUGUGGAUCAGGCAUUGGAUGCCACUGAAGGUACAAAAGACUUCCAAGCAUUCCUUGAUGCACUGUAUGCAUUAUACAGUCAGUCUCCAAAAAACAUGCGGGAGCUGAGUGAGUGUGCCCAUAAUCUUCACAUCACACUAAGAAGAAUUGGAAGAGUUUUCAAUGUCCGGUGGGUGGCUUCUUCAUGCAGAGCUGUUGAUGCAGUUUGGCAUUCUUAUGCAGCACUGGCACAGCACUUCCGAGGUGCAUCAGAAGACAGUACAAGGGAUAGCAGAGAGAUGGCCAAAUUCCAAGGGUUGCUUUCUAAGUUGUGCUCCAUCACCUUUCUUAAAAAUCUUGCACUGAUGGCUGAUGUUCUGACAGAACUGAAGAACCUCUCUGAAAUUCUUCAGAACAGGAGAAUCACUCUCCCAAAGGCACAUGACAUCAUGAUGACAUACAUCAAGUGGAUAGAAAGUCUCACCGGAUAUCCAGGACAACAUACAGUUGAGGCAUGUCAGGCAGAGAGCGACAUGAAAUUCAAGGGAGAAGAUUUAAAAGUUGACAAGUCUCCUAUCAUUGAUUCAGCACAGUUCAUCCAAGCAGUGGCAGACAGUUUGAGUGAGAGGCUUUUCACAACCACAGCCAACAGAGCACAGGCCAGUGUUGCAGCCCAAAGAAAAGAAAGUUACACCGCACUGAUGAGCCAAAUGGCAGUACUUGACCCAGAGAAAUGGGACCAUGACAAUCCCAGACAUGGAGAGGAUGAGGUGAGGGCUUUGUGCCAUGCUCUACAUGUAAAUGAAAAAACAACACACCUUGGAUUUGUUGAAUAUAAGGCAAGUGGAGGGAGAAGCAUUCCAAGCAACAUGAAAAAGUUGUGCAUAGCAGUAGACACCCUCUCAGCAAGUAAUGCAGACUGUGAGAGGGGGUUCAGCACUAUGAACAAUAUAAUUACUGAGUACAGGAGCAACCUCACGAUCAAAAAUACAGCAAACCUCCUCUUCGUAAGUACAGUCGGCCCACCAACCAACCAGUGGAAUCCUUUGUCAUAUGUAAAGACUUGGCUGGCCAAAGGGAGAAGAGCAGCACAUUCCACAUGUGGCAUGGCUCGCUAG